AUGGCAUGGGAUCGACCCUACCCCAUCACCAACUAUCUUUUCGUCAAUCCUGCCUCGGAUGGUCCCAGAACCGGAGUUGACUUCGCCAUCGCCGAGGUCCAACAAGAAAAGGAGGAGAGGGCAGCACGCAAGUUGGCGAAGAAGCUAGGGAGGAAGGAGAGGAAGAAAGCGAAGAGGAAACAGAAAGCGCUCGAGAAACAGAAAAGGCGAGAGUCUGAGAGUGCAAAUGAUGGUCCGGUAGUCCAACCCAAAAGUCUCUGCGCAGAGCAGAGACACAGAAAGCACAAGUAUGACCGCAAGUCAAAGCACAAACUGACUGAAAGUCCCCAAUUCGUUCAUGAUGACUCUCGAGACCAAGAGGAGAACCCGAAGGAAGAUAAAUCCUCCAGGCAGAAAUCAAAGAAGAAGAAAAAUAAGAAGCGCAACUAUGGAGAGGUUGGCGCCGAGGCAAAUGUACCAGCUCACAAUGAGAGAGGAAUAGACAUAUCUCUCAGGAUCGAGCGAGCGACAACCCCAGUCAAUGCUCAUCUCCCUGCCAAAAGCCCCUACUUUGUGUCUCAACCUACCAACUCGCCCCCUCAAACACCGGCCAAGAGGUCUGGUCUUCUCCACCCCGAAGCAACGAAACCCCUACGACCCAAGAUACCGAAGGUCUCGCCUUGUUUUCCCCAGGCACAUGUCGGUCCAGAGUCAUGCCUUCCUUUUCCGCCUCUCGAUGCGCCUGCUUUUGGGCUUGUUCAGGAACAGCUCGCCCAUGAGCCCUUUAAACUUCUGAUCGCCACAAUCUUCCUAAACCGAACUCGAGGUGGAGUUGCUCUACCGAUUUUGUUCAAGGUCUUCGAAAGGUAUCCAACUAUCCACGCCAUGGCCAACGCGGACCAGAAGGAACUGGUGGAUAUGAUUCAUUGCCUCGGAUUUCAAAACCAACGCGCCAAUAAAUGUAUCAAAAUAGCACAAACCUGGCAGACGAAUCCACCCUGUAAAGACAAACGCUACCGCAAGAUGCACUAUCCGCGAAAAUUGGACGGAAGAGACAUCGGUCGCGGAGAGUGCAUUGAUGACGAGGACCAUCGAUCGGGAUGGGAGGUUGCACAUCUACCUGGAAUUGGUGCAUAUUCGCUGGACAGCUGGCGGAUUUUCUGUCGGGACGAGCUUCGGGGCACUGCUACGGAUUGGAAGGGCACUGGGGCAACUGAACCCGCUUUCGUUCCUGAGUGGAAGUCCGUUCUGCCUAUGGACAAAGAACUACGUGCAUAUCUCACAUGGAUGUGGCUUAAGGAGGGCUGGGAAUGGGACCAUCGGACAGGCGACCUGAAACCAGCGACGGAGAAGACCCUUCGAGCUGCACGUGCGGGAGGAGUUGCGCACGAAGCGGACGGCAAUUGGGUGUUGGAGACGUCGCCGGUCAAAGUUUCCAACGGGUUGCACUGGGAAGGUCAAUAG